CAGCUGAGGCUGCAGGGGAGGAGGGGGGCUUGUUUUGCUCUCUUCCAGUUAUGGGAAGUACAGUAUGAACUGAGGACCUAGUAGAGAAGAAGACGGAGCGGCGUUAUUAGGUAAUAGCCCCCGGAGCCCAAAUUGACGCCACCUCAUAAGGAGACGAAGCGAGCAGCGCCGUCUGAUAAUCUGCACGCUAGUCCGAGGAAGCGGAGGACACCCGCCUAAAGAGGGGGCCUAAACCGUCGGAGUGACAGGGACCCCCCGAAGUCUGGAAGGCCCCAGCGAUGUCUCAUGAUAUAGCGUGUGAGACCCCCAAAGUGCACGACAGCCCGCAGCACACAGUCUAUGUCCUGGUGGGAUCCAGCGCUGACAGCAUCCAGCUGCUCAGUCUGAGCCCCAUAUUGCCCGAAUCCGGCAUCGUCGCCGACAUUGACGAAGAGACCGCCCUAGAGCCGAGCGAGGAACAAUUUUACCAGCUGAAGAGCCAGCCGAUCCCUUCGAGUCAGACCCCAUCGCAGUCCCCUCAGUCCUCUUUUCAGACCCCGAGCACAAUGUCUUCGCGGAUCCUGCUCCGGCAGCAGCUGAUGAGGGCCCAGGCCCAGGAGCAGGAGAGACGAGAACAAGAGCAGAAAGCUGCCCAGAUCGCCACGCCAUCCACACCGGCCAUCAGCGUUAGUACUGGUGGCCGACCCACCGCUGCGCAGGUGCCCUUGGAGGUCUUAAAGGUCCAGACCCAUUUAGAAAAUCCGACAAAGUAUCACAUCCAGCAGUCUCAGAGACAGCAGGUCAAACAGUACCUGUCCUCUACCACCAUGGGGGCCAAGAUGCCCUUACACACCUCUGCCCCAACUACCGCUACAAUUAACCCUGCCUCUGCCGGAGCAUCACCGCAGCCCGAACAGAACUUGCUCCCUACGGCCAGCAGCGCUCCUAACAGCCCCCUGGCAAUGCUGAAUAUUGGCUCCAAUUCUGAAAAGGAGAUUGAUGAUGUCAUCGAUGAGAUCAUAAGCCUGGAGUCCAGCCUCAAUGACGAAUUCAUGGGAUUCGUGGAAAGAGGGAAUCUACCCAGCACACUUCCUGUGUCCGGUAACCUCUUGGACAUGUAUUGUGCUCCUGGAAUGACCACUCCUGGCAUCACUGUGAGCAACUCCUGUCCGGCCGACCUGCCCAACAUUAAGAAUGAAUACUUAGAGCACGACACGAAACAAAUGAUGAAGGAGCGGCAGAAAAAAGACAAUCACAAUUUAAUUGAACGUCGUCGAAGAUUCAACAUCAAUGAUAGAAUCAAAGAACUGGGGACGCUCAUCCCAAAAUCCAGUGACCCGGAGCUGCGCUGGAACAAAGGCACCAUCUUGAAGGCCUCGGUAGAGUACAUCCGGAAGCUGCAGAAAGACCAGCAGCGGGUGCGCGAGCUGGAGGGCAGGCAGCGUAAGCUGGAGCACCUGAACCAGGGCCUGCUGCUGCGUAUACAGGAGCUGGAAAUGCAGGCUCAGAUACAUGGCAUUAGAAGCUUUCCGCCAUCCACUAUGUCAGCAGAUGUUGUUCCCAAGGUAGAACCAAUCUCCGAAGUGGUGCCCGGAUUUGACGCCCAGACCGCGCGGCCCCUGGACCCCUCCACCCUGGAUCUGGGCACGCUCCACUUCUCAGACCAGCUGAAUGACUUAGUUCACGAGGGCCUGAAUUAUCACCUGAGCCUGACUGGGGACUCGGCCUUUGCAGACAUUCUUAUGGACGACGUGAUCUCUCCGCUCGGAGGGGAUCCUCUUCUCUCUUCUGUCUCUCCCGGAGCGUCUAAGACCAGCAGCCGCCACAGCAGCUUCAGCAUGGAGGACGACUCGUGAUCCGUGCGCAGAAGCUUUGACUUUAACAGAUUGGACUCUUUUAGUAUUUCUCACACCAGGAAAUCCCAGACCUCCUCCAUUCCACCAGGCGUAUUCUUCUUC